AUGGAUGCCUUCCCAUCGGAAGACUACGCCAACGACCUAAAAAACUUGGACCUAAGCGGCGGGAACUUACCCAUGCAGCGGAGUCUCGGUCUAAGCUGGAAUUUGAGGGCCGAUACACUCACCUUCAGAGUGCCUGCAAGGGACACUCCGAGCACAGGGAGGGGCGUGCUGUCGACCGUGAACAGCCUUUACGACCCUUUGGGAAUGACAGCUCCGGUAACCGUACAGGGCAGACUCCUGCUUAGGGAGCUAACUUCAUGCGCCACAGACUGGGAUGCCCCACUCGUACUGGACGACAAAUGGCAAACAUGGAAGGACUCGCUUCGCGGCCUUGAGCGACUCGAGAUACCACGACGGUACGUUGCUGAAUCUGUCGCCAAUGCUCGAAGACGAGAGAUCUGCGUGUUCUCCGACGCUUCAGAGAAGAUAAUAGCCGCUGUGGCCAACAUCAGGGUUACAGAUUCCAAGGGGACGCCGCACGUGGGAUUUGUGAUCGGCAAAGCGAAGCAGGCACCACGGCCUGAACAAACCAUCCCGAGGCUGGAGCUAUGUGCCGCUGUGCUUGCCGUCGAAAUCGCUGAGCUGGUGGUCAACGAAAUCGACGUUCACAUCGAAGACGUCAGGUACUACACGGACAGCAAGGUUGUGCUUGGGUACAUCUGUAACCGCGCUUCUACGUCUAUGUCAGCAAUUGCGUCAACAGAAUAA